UGAAGAAAGCUAGGAGCAAGACGUAAACAAUAAUGUGGACACUGCUCUAUGGAUUAAUCAGACUAACUCAUGGACCUGGCUGCUGUGUGGACUCUAUCAGUGCAGAGAAAUGGAUCUUCAUGUGUCAGAUCAACCUGACAGUCAGGACGAGAUGGAGCGCGUGAGCAGGAGGAAAGUGGAUCAUGGGAGACAGACGCACCAGCUCUUAAAGAGCACUCCUUUAGACCUGAUUGAGACAGGCAAGUCCCUGAAAGUCCAGGCAGAGCGCCCCCACCUGGUUAGUUUGGGAAGUGGACGCCUCAGCACAGCCAUCACCUUGCUACCGCUGCCUGAAGGGAGAACCACGCUGGGAAGUGAGGAGACGGAUAUCCCUCUGCAGGGCCACGGCAUCGCAGCUCAGCACUGCUACAUCGAAAACCAAGCGGGCAGCAUCACCUUGUACCCAUGUGGAAACCAGUGCUCUGUAGACGGCCUCCCCGUCACCAAACCCUACCGCCUGACUCAAGGGUGCAUGCUGUGUUUUGGUCAGUCAGUCUUUUUCCGCUUCAACCAUCCGGAGGAGGCACUGCGGAUGAAGAGCAUGCUGCCUGGAGGGAGCCAAAGCACCACAAGAACUCUCCCUGCAGACUCUCACAGUGUGCUGAACGGGAACCAUCAGUCUUUUUCAACCAACGGCGACUCCAAAAUCAACAACAUAGCAAAGAACCUGCAGGACUCUCUGGUGCUGAAGGCUGGACCGGAUAAACAUCAGCCCUCUGCUCCAAACAUGCUCAAUGGGAGAAACGGCUCCAUGACAGAAGACUCCAUUUAUGAAAACAGCAGCAGCUUUCUGGGCCCAAACAUCUGCAACAAAACCCUUCCAGUACCUACACGGUCCGCUUAUACCAACCACACACCUGUCCCCCAUCCCCGGACCUCGCUCUCUGUGGCCUCGAGUGGUCCUGGUGGUGGUCAGAGGGCCCAGGAGAGCCCAAAGCUUCUUAGGAGUGUGAGAGCAGAAGCCACGCCUAGCAGGGGCUCAGAAAACACAAGUCACAAACCGUCCCCUCUCAAAUUCUCCCCGACAGCUCCAUCCAGCCCUCGAAUAAGAGGGUCUUCCUUACAGAAGAGAUCCCCCAGUCCAAUGAGAGAUAAUGUAGAAGUCCCCCAGAGGCUCAGGACUCCAGAGCCCAUUGGGUCCACCAGCCUGAGAGAACUUCCUCCUCUCAGCCCUUACAUGUCCCACAGGGGCCCUCCAGGAUCGCAGGGCUUGACCGUGAAACCAGAGGGCUCCCAGGGCCUCAAACUCACGUCAAAAGCAGAAGCCAUGAGGGCGCUGUACGCCCAGGGUCCGUCCCCACUCUGUGGGCUGGAGAGGGAGCCUGGAGGCCGGCAGCUGAGGGCCGGCCCGGGAGGUUCUCUGUCGAGUUCAUCUCCUCUCACCAGCCCUCACAACAAAAGAAAGACCUCCAGCAUGACCAUGACAGGAACCUCCAGCAAGGAACUUGUGAAACCAUACACUCGAGAACGCAAAAACAGCAUCUCUGAGAUCAGUGACAACGAGGACGAGCUGCUGGAAUACCACCGCUGGCAGAGAGAGGAGAGGCUGCGCGAGCAGGAAAUGGAGAAGCUGGAGCGACAGAGGCUGGAGACCAUCCUCAACCUGUGUGCAGACUAUAACCAUGAAGACAGCGCUGCAGAGCUGGCCGAGGUGGUGAGGAGCGGGCUGCUGGGGGGCGCUGCAGGAACCUGCUUGGACUCGGCGGGGGGAGUGGACAGGACUCAGAGAGUGAGAGAGAAUGAUGAGGAAACCCAGAGAGAGGAGUCCAGCAGCACGGAGAGCACACAUCAAGAGUGUGAAGAGCUGUUAGCCAGUCACGAGCAGGUCUACCUGGAGGAGGAGAGGAGCAGGAUCUUAGCCAGGGUUGAUGACUUGAAGCACAGAGUCAGUGAACUGGAGCUGCAGCUACAAGAGACCAAACAGGAGGUGGAGAUGGAGCAGGCCCUGCUGCAGGCGGAGAGGCGGGCAGAGCAGGAGCAGGUGGAGGCUGAAAAUGAAAUCAUCUCUCAGCUGCAGCUCAAACUCAGCCAGCUGGACAAGGCCACACAGAAGGAGAAAGAAAAGGGGAGGGCUAAUGUGUCGGCUGAGCGGAAGGUCCUGGAAAAGCAGAGGAAUGAGUACAAUGAGCUGAAGAGGCAGUUUGAUAAGUGCCCCUUGUCUCUAAGGGAACAGUUACAGGAGCAGCUCAGCAGGAAAUCUGAAGCUCUUGAGUCUGGGACCAAGCAGUUUGAGGAGCUGGAGUUCUGCCAGCUGGAGGAGGAGAGCAGUCUGGAGGAGAAGAAGGAGACUCAGAGCUUGCAGCUUCUCCAGGAGCGAGCCGAGUAUCACUGCAGCGUGGCCAAGAGGAAGGAGAAGAUGGCUGCUAUGGAGGCUCAGGUGAAGCAGCUGGGGUUACAGGCGGUGCAGGACUGUGAGAGGAUGGCCAACGACAGGACGCUCACUCUGCAGCUGCUACACAAGGAGCAAGACAGGUUGUGUGCCCUGGAGAAGAAGUAUCACACUUUGACAGGAGGGAGAAACUUCCCAAAGCCCAACAGCAGCAUGAAGGAGGACUUUCUUCACAUCAGCGAACCUGACCUUGUUUAUGUGGACGGUCCUCCUCAUAGCCCCUGUCCCUCCUCUGCCUCCUUCUCCUCCUCUCACAUCCCCUCCCCUGAACUCUAUCCUGUUAGGCUGCAAGAGGAGUACCUCAGGCUCUCUGAUGUCUAUAAGAUGUACGGAAAUGCUUCUAUGCAAGCUCACUCCUCUUCCCCUGCUGCUCUCCACUGCCUCUCCCUCGCUGCAGCUCCAGCUCUGCCAUGCGAGGAGUACAUCACAGUCAGCCAGUUAAGCCAGAUCUUUGGGCUGCAGAGACUUGAUCCCUCCUCUUCUUCUUCUUCUUCCUCUAUUCCAUCAUUCCAACUCGCCUCUCAAUCCACCUUCUCGUGCCACUCAGCUGCAUGUGGUCCUUCCUCUUUUCUCUCUGCACAGAGCCAGCCUGAGCUCAGCAGGAAUGCACUGCCUCCUCUUAACCUGGAGCGCUGGUACCAGGACAUCAUGGCCGCUGGAGCGUCUCAGUCAUGUCCUCCACCACUGCCUGCAAAGUCUUUUUCCACACGUAGACACAGUCAGUUAUUGAAGUCCAAAUCAGAUGGUGAGGUUGGACAGGCAGCAUCAUGCACAGUGCCGCACUCCAGCGGCGUCUCUAAUGAUAGAAAUGCAUCAACCAAGGGGUUACAGUUAAUGCUGAGAGAGAUGUCAAACCCAUUAGACAUGGACUCCAGAAGGCAGUUUGCUCUGCAGAGCAAAGAUCUGUCUCCUACAGUCCAUCACUCCAUCCUGCAUCACCAGUCGCCCCCGAGUGGCAGCCAGGCGUACGACACGCUGAGCCUGGAGAGCUCCGACAGCAUGGAGACCAGCGUCUCCACCGGAAACUCCGCCUGCACCCCGGAAAGUGCCUGCGGGUUGGAAGCCCAGAGGAUAGAGGAGAUGGAGAAGAUGUUGAAAGAGGCGCAGCAGGAGAAAGCCAGGCUGAUGGAGAACCGAGAGAGGGAGGUGCAGGCUCGGCGACAGAUGUUGGAGGAGGAGCGGAGAAGGCGAGAGGAGGCCGAGCGGAGGCUCCAGGACGAGACGGCCCACAGGCUGAGGCUGGUGGAGGAGGAGGUGAAGAUGAGAGAGAAACACUUCUCCCAGGCCCGUCCAAUGACGCGCUAUCUGCCAAACCGUAAGGAGGAGUUUGACCUGCGCGCCCACGUGGAGUCGUCCGGCCACAGCAUCGACACCUGCCCCUUCGUCAUCCUCACAGAGAAGAUGUGUAAGGGCCAUCUGGUGAAGAUGGGCGGCAAAAUCAAAUCAUGGAAGAAACGCUGGUUCGUUUUUGACCGUAUCAAGAGGAACUUCUGUUAUUACGUGGACAAGCAUGAGACCAAGCUGAAAGGACUCAUUUACUUUCAGGCGAUUGAAGAGGUUUAUUACGAUCACCUCCGCAGUGCCACCAAGAGCCCCAACCCGUCUUUGACCUUCUGUGUGAAAACCCACGACCGCCUCUACUACAUGGUGGCCCCGUCCCCGGAGGCCAUGCGGAUCUGGAUGGAUGUUAUAGUAACGGGCGCCGAGGGCUACACGCAGUUCAUGAGCUGAGGGACCAUCGGGGCGACAGAUUUGGAGGAUGACAGGGACUGAACCGGCAAGCCGGGACACCUGGAGCCGGACUGAGCUGCCGGAGCCGGAGCUGAGAAUAAAACACACACGGUGUGAUGCUGUGUGACGGACAGAGAGAUGAAUAAUCUGCGGCUGACAGAAAAAGCUUGAUGCCUUCGAGCAAAUGAGGGCUGACUUCUGAAAGUAUUGUAUUUAUCUUUCAGUAAAAUAGCUUAAAGAACCUGCCAAGGGAUCUACAAAGGGAGCUCUCAAUUAGAUCAAUCACAUUCUGUAGCCAAAAAGCAUCGUUCAUAAUUAUUACAGUAUCAGUUUUCAGACUUCUUACUACAUAUAAGCUCAAACUGUUUCCACCUCUGAAGCUGAUCUGUGUUUGUGUGCAGUGUCACUCUAACUCUGAUGCCUCUUUCUCCUCUUUUUGAUACAUUUGUAUACUUCUUCUCUUGAGUUUAUUAACGAAUGAAAAAAGAAUCUUGAUACAUUAAAACACUAAGCAGAUUUUAGCAGCAAAAUAUUUAAAAGUAAAAAAGAGUCAUACAUUACUUAUUUGAUUACUUGGUGCCAAAUACUUUAUAUAAUUUUUUUUGUCAGAUUUUUUAAAUGUUAAUAUCACUCUAUAUAUUGUUUUAUUCCGGCAUAUAAAGAAGCAUUAAUGUGUAUUUUACAUAAAUAUGUCAAAGAAAGCAUUUAACAAAAUUCAUAGUCCUAUAAUGAUAUUGUAAAGCUACAAUGUACAUGUAUUAAAUA